ACCGCCGCCUCCUCCCCGCUGCCCUGCCUAUUUUAGUCCUAGCUGCCGCGGCCGGGCGCGGGGCCGCCUGGAGCCGGGGGCUGAGCUCAGGGGCGCGGAGUUGACCCGCUGGGCCGGGGCUGCGGGCACCCACCCUGAAUAAGAAGGGGAGCCGGAGCAGUCCGGUCAGCUCCAGCCUCGCAGGCUCUCAGCCUCCCAGCCAGAGUCCGGCUAGGACCUGAAACUUUUGUCAUGCAACCCUGGAGCUUGUGCCGAGCGAAAGAAAAAGGGUAUGAUCAUCCUUCCAGUGACCAAGGUUCACAACUUUGGAGUUUCCCUGGAUUCCUCAAUCCGCCUUUCUCUGCACAUCCAAUCAGGUGCUAAGCAGGACAGAUCAUGCCAUGUAAAGACUGAAUCUAAAAUGGGAGGCCAGCUGAACCUACAGAAAUCAGGAUGGUUUCCUGAGUGCUUUCACUGCCAUAGAGACUGAAGUUAUCCAUGUGAGCCCAAAGUAUGAGAUGUCCCUGGCCUAGUGACCAGUUAGCCUAAGAUGGCACAGCAAAAGACUCAUUUAUCUGCUUAAGAGCCUUCAAAACAGAGCGAGUCCCAGUCAGCCAUGGGAGAAAAUGCAAGCAUAUGGUGGAACUUGCUAGGUGAACAUCCACUCUGCACGGCCUGGAAGCAAGAAGCAGAAGGGUCCAUUUAUCACCUUGCUAGUAUCUUAUUCAUAGUUGGCUUCAUGGGAGGGAGUGGAUUCUUUGGGCUCCUCUAUGUAUUCAGUUUGCUGGGAUUAGGCUUCCUCUGUUCUUCAGUUUGGGCGUGGGUAGACGUCUGUGCCGCUGAUAUAUUCUCCUGGAACUUUAUCCUGUUCAUCAUCUGCUUCAUGCAGUUUGUUCACGUGGCUUACCAGGUUCGCAGUGUCACCUUUGACAAAGAAUUCUACGAGCUCUACAACUCUCUGUUCCAGCCUCUGGGGAUCACGUUGCCUGUCUUCAGGAAGAUUGUUUUGUGCUGCCAAGUGGUCUCAUUGGAAAAGGAGCAUUGUUAUGCCAUGCAGGGCAAAACACCCAUCGAUAAACUUGCUUUACUUGUGUCAGGAAGGAUCCGAGUGACGGUGGAUGGAGAGUUUCUGCAUUACAUUUUCCCCCUUCAAUUCCUGGAUUCUCCUGAAUGGGAUUCACUUAGACCCACAGAGGAGGGCAUUUUUCAGGUAACCCUCACAGCAGAGACUGACUGCCGGUAUGUGGCUUGGAGGAGAAAGAAACUGUAUUUACUCUUUGCUCAGCAUCGUUUCAUCUCCCGCCUGUUUUCUGUUUUAAUUGGCAGUGAUAUUGCUGACAAACUCUAUGCCUUGAAUGACAGGUGCACUUGGGGCAGAGGGCAGGGAAUUUUCACGAUGAAUCACACAGAUGCCAGUUCAUUGAAUGAAUUAACAACAAGAGAUCUUACAUCUGAACUUGAAAACCUCCUGCCUGUACCCUCCAAUGAAACCACUUGUGAAAACUGGAGAGAGAUACAUCACCUAGUUUUCCAUGUAGCAAAUAUCUGUUUCAUAGUUGCUUUGGUUAUUCCAACUACUUUGACUCUUCAUAUGAUAUUUCUUAGAGGGUUGUUAACUAUAGGAUGUGCUCUUUUUAUUGUCUGGGCCACACUCUAUCGUUGUGCCUUGGAUAUAAUGAUCUGGAAUUCUGCCUUCCUGAUUGUCAACCUGUUGCAUUUUCUGUACCUACUGUACAAAAAGAGACCGAUAAAGAUUGAAAAGGAACUCACUGGUGUAUACCGGCGAAUGUUUGAACCACUACGUGUACCCCCAGAAUUGUUCAAAAGAUUAACUGGACAGUUUUGCAAUAUUCAGACCCUUAAAAAGGGCCAGACCUAUGCUGCAGAAGAUAAAACAUCUGUGGAUGACCGCCUGAGUAUCUUAUUGAAGGGAAAAAUGAAGGUCUCCUAUCGAGGACAUUUUCUGCAUAAUAUUUACCCCUGUGCCUUUAUAGAUUCCCCUGAAUUUCGAUCAACUCAGAUGAACCGGGGUGAAAAAUUUCAGGUCACCAUUGUUGCUGAUGAUACCUGUAGAUUCUUGUGCUGGUCAAGAGAGAGAUUAACUUUUUUUCUGGAAUCAGAACCAUUCCUUUAUGAAAUAUUUAGAUAUCUUAUUGGGAAGGACAUCACAAAUAAAUUAUACUCUUUGAAUGAUCCCACAUUAAAUGAUAAGAAUGCCAAAAGGUUGGAACGCAAGCCCAGUCUUUGCUCGCAGAUUUCAGUGAUGCAAAUGAGAAACAGUAUGGCUAGUUCAAGUGACAGUGAAGAUGGCUUGCAACAUUUCCUCCGGGGGACCUCCACUGCAUCCUCUAUUCAGUACUCUAGCUGCUGAUGCUACAAGACAAUAAUUUACCCAGGGAAGACUCAUCUGUGGCUAAGAUAGCUAAAAGGCAAUUAAUGAACACUAACAACAUAAAUAUAUGCUGAAGAUCAAAAGCUAAAUUAUCAUUCCUUGCCUUCUGGACUAACACCACUACUACUACCACUACUAUUACUACCACUACUACUACUACCACCAUCACCACCACCAUCACUGUUUCUGCUGCUACUACUGCAUAUUGAAGACCAUUCAACAAAUCCAAGGGAAAACAUAAAAUGUGUGGAUUUCCUACACUUGCAUGAACUAAGUGACUUCUAUCAAUGUUUUAGACUGGAUUUUAAACUUCAUUAAAUAUUAAACACCAAAGGACUUUAUCUCCCAAACCUAAGCAUUUAUGUCUUUUAAUCUUAUAUAAUAUAUAUGUUAUGGACAAAUUAAGUCAAAUAUUCUGGUUAUUAGUGCAUUCAGGGGGAAAAGGCGAUUUCCAAGGUACAUAAUUGGUACAAACCUUCAAAGAGUAAUUUAGGCAUGGACAGUACUUUGUUGUAGACCAAAAAAUUAUAUCACUUCAGACACAAAAUGGUGAGCAAUUAUCUUUAGGUUUCUUCCAGUAUAAUUUCCAAAGGAGUUGACUGAUUUUGACUAAAUUUGGAACACUUUCUAAAUAAUGUGAAGAUAGAUGUCUGUUCAAUUUAAGAUUGUCUACUGUCUUGACAGUAUGAUAGCAAGCAGAAUGUUUUAGAUGGGCCUAUGUGCUAAAAUGUUUUGUGGAGUUCAUUGAAAUUUUCUGUAUAGAUAGAAGUUACAAAGGUAUAUGACUGAACUGAGUGAGGUCUACAAUUCAUACCACUAAAAAGGUAGUUAUGAAGUCAAAAAUUAAGUUCCAUAUUAAUGAACUGUUUCCCCAUUGAAUGAAUUGUUUUCAAUAAUUAUUAUUCCAUACUUUCUUUGAUUAAUUAGAUUAUCAGUGAAUAUGUACCAAAAACAGGCCCCAUAGUAUAUAAAGUUAUUUAUAUGUUAUUUUUGUUGGCAUAUGAUUUUUUUAUUGUAAGAAA